AUGUGCGGCAUGCUAAGAACCAACUACGAAUGUCCCGACUGCUCCAGCGUAGUCGACGCCCAAGCCGAGCAACUGACGUGCACAAAGGCAACAAACUGGGGCGACUGCGGCAGCACCAGCUCCAGCUCCGACAGCAGGGAUGUUACCAAGAAAGCCGACAAGAUCUGCACGAGCUGCCAGCGGAAGAAGGAUGCUGAGGAGAGGAAGAGGAAGGCUGAGGAGAUGACUGCGCGUGCGUCUGCUGCUAAUGCUUAUAGCAUAUAUUACUAUAAGUAA